GGGUUGCUGAGAAUGGCCCGGACCAAGCAGACCGCCCGUAAAUCCACCGGUGGCAAAGCCCCCCGUAAGCAGCUGGCCACUAAAGCUGCCCGGAAGAGCGCUCCUGCUACUGGGGGAGUGAAGAAACCCCAUCGCUAUCGACCCGGCACCGUGGCCCUGCGAGAGAUCCGCCGCUACCAGAAAUCCACUGAGCUGCUCAUCCGCAAGCUGCCCUUCCAGCGCCUGGUCCGCGAAAUCGCCCAGGACUUCAAGACCGACUUGCGCUUCCAGAGCUCGGCCGUUAUGGCCCUGCAGGAGGCCAGCGAAGCCUACUUGGUGGGGCUCUUUGAGGACACCAACCUGUGUGCUAUUCACGCCAAGAGAGUCACCAUCAUGCCCAAGGACAUCCAGUUAGCCCGGCGUAUCCGAGGCGAGAGAGCUUAAAAGUUUACACCCACCACCUUUUGGCACCUAGGAAACCAUUACGAAAGAUCCAAAGGCUCUUUUAAGAGCCACCACAUUCACAUUCAAAACGAGCUGCAAUACACUCGUCCUUUGUACACCUUUGACAGUUAUAAAUUUCUGUAUCGAUGUUCUUUGAAAUCUUACGAUUCUAACUGUAUAGCCUGUAGUGACAAAGUGUCACUUCAAAUUUCAAACUACUAAUCAGAGGUACAUCGAGUUUUUUGCAUGAUUUGUUCCGAUUUUGGAGCGAGGCUUUUUUGAAUAUGUCACUGCCACUGACCUACGCACGAGGUUUGUAUUCUUUUAUGUUCUUUAAUCUGUUACGAAAAAAAAAUCCCAUAGGCAGCUACAUUUGUACCUCU